CAUUAACCAAUACCAGAACCAUAUCUCAAGUUGGCUAUUACUGUCUCAAUGUCUCUAACCUCCACAAGGUGUCAGUAUUUUAUAACAGCACGUAUACGUGUACUCAGUUUUUUUUUUUGUUGGAGUUCAAAGUUCAAUUGCGUUUUGAGAGGCAUCCCUGUGUUUCUCUCUAGCAUCGUGUUAACUCAUUUUGUAACAAAUGCGACGUAUUUGUAUUUCUGUGGAGUAGCCAACUGUGGAUGGUCUUUGUGGCACGAUGACCACCAUAGUCCAUGAUACCGCAGAGGCGGUGUGCCUCUGUGAAGAGCACAAUUUGUACCUCAAGCCUACAGCCAAGAUGACCAUCAGCGUGGCUCUCCCGCAACUCAAGCUACCUGGCAAAAGCAUCUCCAACUGGGAAGUGAUGGAGAGAUUAAAGGCUAUGGUGGCCCCGGAGCAGCUGUCUGCCCUACGCAUCUCCAAGAGCACCAUGGACUUUAUCCGAUUUGAAGGGGAGGUGGAGAACAAGGGGAUAGUCAAGACCCUUCUGAGCCGUCUGGACGGAAAAAGCAUCAAACUCAGUGGCUUCACUGACAUACUGAAGGUACGUGCAUUGGAGAACAAGAUGGACUUCCCGACGCGGCACGAUUGGGACUCCUUCUUUCGGGACGCUAAGGACAUGAACGAGACGUUGCCGGGGGAACGGCCGGACACCAUCCACCUGGAGGGUCUGCCGUGCCGCUGGUUCAGCCUGAAGGACAGCCAGCACCCUGACCGCCCCUCUGAGGAGGUCCUCGCCACCAUCUUCCAGGGAUUCGGCAAGGUGCGGAACGUGGACAUUCCCAUGCUGGACCCAUACAGGGAGGAAAUGACGGACAAAAACUUCAAUACGUUCAGCUUCGGUGGCCACCUUUACUUUGAGGCCUAUGUCCAGUACCAGGAGUACCACGGAUUCACCAAGGCCAUGGACACCCUGCGGGGCAUGAAGCUGAUGCUCAAGGGGGAUGACGGCAAGGCGAUGGCGUGCAACAUCAAGAUCACCUUUGACACCAGCAAGCACCUGAGCUCAACGGCCGUGAGGCAGAGGAGCCAGGAGCGGCUGAAGCUGCAGGAGCUGGAGAGACAGCGGGAGGAGCAGAAGCGCAAGGAGAAGGAGGAGGAGGACCGCCGCAAGGAGGAUGAGAGGAAGCUGAAGGAGCAGGAGGAGGAAGAGCGGGAGCGGCGGCGGGAGGAGCGCGUGCGCAAGCGGGAGCAGAAGGUGCGCGACCGCGAGGAGCGGCGCAACCUGAAGCGCGUGAAGCGGCGGCAGGACGAGGAGCAGAGGAAGCUGCAGCUGAAGAUCGCCACGGAGGAGCGCCGGCUGCUGCUGGCCCAGCGCAACCUGGAGUCCAUCCGCCUCAUCGCCGAGCUGCUGGCCCGGGCCAAGGCGGUGAAGCAGCAGCAGCAGGAGCGCGAGCGGCUGGAGCGCGAGGAGCUGGAGCGGCAGGAGCGCGCGCGCCAGGACGAGGAGCGGGCCCGCCUCCAGCAGCUGGAGGCCCGGCGGCGGCGGCAGGAGGACGAGCUCCGGCGCGUGGAGGCGGAGAAGGAGCGCGCGCUGGAGCUGCAGCGGCGGGAGCGCGACCUGCGGCAGAAGCUGCUGGGCAACCUGCUGAAGAAGAGCUCGGGGGCGGGGGCCCCAGCGGCCCCCCCGGCGGAGGGGGAGCCGGGGGCGGCCGAGGCGGAGGACGCCCAGGAUCCCACCUCGCUCCCGGGAGGCGGCGGCGGCGACAACGACAUCCGGGUGGCCCAGGGGAACUGCUUAAAAGGCCGUAAAGUCCGGAAGCCCAAGAAGCCGGCGGGCUCCGGCGUCGGCUCACAGGGGGCGGCGAAGAAGAAGGGCUCGUCAGAGAAGAGGAAGGCCGACGGGUCGGAGCGGGAGAGGAGACGGGAGGAGGGGACGACGGGCCGAGGCGUGGGCAGCGGCGGGGAGCGGGCCCAGGAGCGCCGGUCUUCCGAGCGCGACAGGAGGAAUGGCAGCCGGGGACGUAGGAGACACAGCCGCAGCAGCAGCAGCAGGAGGAGGAGGAGCUCCAGUCGCCGUAGGAGGAGUCACAGUCGUCGGGACACCAGGAGGCGGAGUCGUGGCCGCAGCCAUCGCGGCCGCAGCAGCAGUAGCAGUAGCAGCAGCAGGAGUUCCAGUCGCUAUCGGAGCCGAAGCAGCAGUGGGCGGAGCUAUGGCCGGAGUAGGAGGGGCCACAGGCGGAGCAGGAGCCGGCGGAGGAGCGGAGACAGUCGAAGCAGCUCUCGGGGCCGGGAAAGGAGGAGUUAUAGUCACGACAACAGACGCAGGCGUCGGAGCCGGAGCCGCAGCAGGGACAGUCGCUCUCGGCAUCGUUAACAUGUUGCUGUGAUCAACAUAGUGAUUGAUUGUUUAUUACAUUUUUGCAGUACCAAAAACCUGCUUGGGCAGGUCGUCACGACAUGCAGUUUAAAUCUCAUCUAUUUGUUAGCCUAAAUAAUCUGCUUUUGUUCAUUUCAAAGACACCUCAAAUGCUGCAAAUUUUGUAUUGCAUAUCGGUUGUUUUAGUGAGGAACAUUUCUUUUGAUACCUUUUCAGUUACUAACCUGAACCCAUGGCUCCCCUCUAGAGCUCACAGCAGGUCACCUGUGGACUAUUAGUGGCAUUACUACUGCUGCAGCCCAACAUGUGAAUCACAGCCCAUUGUUAGUGUAAGUAGUAUACUUUUAGAAUUUCUGGAUACUUUAAUCUUAAAUCUGAAGGAGUGAAACGGUUUUAUUUUCUUUCUUUCAUGGCUGCUGGCCCCGUCAAUAAUCAUAAGGUUGUAUUUUUUAUCGCUGAAAUUCCCCACAAAACGGUAACGAGCUGCAAUGCUUUUGAUACUCUCACAAGUAUUGCAUCAGCCGCGCUUUGCGAAUAGAUUCCAUUGUGUUCCUAAAGCCCAUUUUAACAUGUCUGGAGUCCUGCUGCAGACUUGUUCAAAUCUGCUCAUCAUUCGCUAUUCAACAACGGAAGUCUGAGGCAUCAAACUUGCCAACGACAAGUACAUGACAAUUAGAAGGAAAUUAAGGACAUUGCAUGGUAGUAUAUGCAGCCCUUGUAAUGAGAGCAUGUUAUGCACAUUCACAUGGGUUAUUAAAAUAUUUGUUUAAAUAAAGUAAAACCAAAAAUGGCAGAUUCUGAAUUGUCUUUAUUUUGUGGCUACAUUGGUUUACAUCAGUGGUUUUCAAACUGUGGGGCGCGCCCCCCCUGGGGGGCGCCAGAGUUCUUCAGGGGGGGCGCGACGUGAGAAAAAAAUAAACCAGAAAAAAACCCUGAAAGACGAUGAUUCAAAUCAUCAGUCGUACUUCAACUGUAGAAGUAACAUAACUAAAUCAAUUUUCAACCGUUUAUCUUGGUGCAAACCAUUUAACAAAUCUACACACUUGUAUCUUCAAUAAUAUCUCAACAGAAUUUCGAUAUCAUUUAAAAUGUCUUCAGAAUCACAGUUUUAGUUUCAUACCGCUUCGUUUUCAGCUGUUUUCAUUGAAGACGUCAGGCCAUUCUGAUACAACUUAUAGACAUCGUAACUCAUUCCUUUUUCAACCGUUUACCAUCGUUCAAACCAUUAAACAAAUCUACACACUUGUAUCUUCAAUACUAUCUAAACGGAUUUUUUUUUUUGAUAGCAUUUAUACUUUUUUCAGAAUCACAGUUUUAAUUUCAAACUGGCGUCGUUUUCAGUUGCUUAUAAUGAUUUAGGUCACCAUAGCAACGCCGGUAAACAAACCCCGCCGAAUAGUCGAAUCUGAAUCGACUGAAAAGGCAGAUCUGAUUCGACUCAGAAAAUUCAGUCUGGGACCCUGAAUGAAUCUGUAAACUGGCAGUUUACACAGAUUAAGAUGUUCAAAUGUAUUUAAAAAAGGUUCAGCUAAAACAUGCUCAGAUAAAGUUGUUAAAUUGUGUUGUUUAAAAACGCAAAAAGAUGUUGU